UGACUUCUCUGAGCACACAGUUAAAAUGGCUUCGGCAGCGUCGUUUGCCGAGCUCAGCCGCCGUGUUGUCGCCGCUCUUUCGCUGGAUGAAGAGACAAACGAUCGUCAGGCUGCCUUCACUGCCUAUCUGCAAUGCGUCGCGGGAAUCGCCCAGCAUCUGCUGCAGUUUGACACACCGUCGUCCUCCGCUCCACCGCCUGCCGCGACGGGCGACGAGGAGCGAUGCGUGGAGCUCAAUCCUCCCACCGCGUCGUCGUCAUCAGGGAGUGCAGAUGAUCAGGACAGUCCGAGUCCUGCACCCUCCACUGCAUUGCGACAAGACAAGUCACGAACCAAGCUGUUUCUGCUCGCACGGCUGUGCAUUGAUCGGGCGGAGGCCAUCUCCACCGUGACGUCGACAAACCAGUCCGAGCAGCCAAACCUGAGCAGCCAAGCACCACCCCGCUUGCCGACGCCAAUCCAGGUGCAAUCGCAGUCGCAGGCACCGUCACAGGCACCGUCACAGGCACUGUCACAAUCACAGACACAAUCACCGUCACAGGCACCGUCACAAGCACCUCCACCACACGCACAGUCUCCGUCUCAGACUCAGUCUCAGACACUGACAAAUUCACACACAGCCGCUCCGAGUCAUCAAAUGCAUGUGGUUUUACAACCCAUGGAGCGAGCUCAGACAGCAAACAGAAUCCUGCACCAAACGUUUCAGCUGCAAAUCGCCAGCGUGCAAGACGAAGCCAAACGGUCGGCCAUGUACCUGUCCAUGAUGCGCAAGUGCUACGAAAACUUGUCGACAGCCCGUCGGCAGCAGGCCGAGCUGGCUGCGAAAAUCAAAGAACGGAACGAUCGCAUCCGCUUGGAUACCCAGCGACAAGCGAUCGAACGAGAGCACCAACUCGAUCAGCAAAACCAGCAGCGCACAGCAAAGCCGGCGCAGCUCACCUUGCAACAGGUUCAAAAGGCUCUGUCGGACGGCGGCGCCUCCGCUGUCAUCAACUUGCUCGCGAGCAUGUCCAGCGGAGCCACGCCUGCCGUCAUUGCCAACACUGCUGCCAACAAUGGUGUCAUCACUCGGGGAGAGGCCACCAUGAUUGCCAACGUGGCCGUGUUUGACGCGUCGCAGAAGCGAGCGAAAGAGAGCCUCCAAAUGCUCCAGGAGAUUGCUUCACAUCCGGAGGAGGCGCGGCGUGUGGAGCAGUUUGUGCUGUUUGUGUUUGAUCAGCACGAGCAUCCGCUGAGCCGAUGGCUGGCCGAGUCCUUGUACACGGUUAUCACUGCCUUUAGCAAGCCAAUCCAAGAAGCCGAUGCCGAGUCCUAUCUCGAAGCGUUUGUCCAGCAGGUCCACACCAUUUUGCAGCGCCUCACCGAACUGCUGCCAUUUGCCUAUCUUCAGCUCAACAGCGAGACUGCGCGCGAUCAGCUGUCGCUCACGAUUGAGAGUCUAGUCUUCCCCCCAAGCAUGCCCAUUCUAUUGCGGCUGCACUCUUUAUCCUCCCAAGUGGCGCUGUGCGAGUAUCGCCUUGGUCUGGACAAGCUUGAAAACAGUUCGCUGCAGUCGCUGGGUAUCGAUUCGAAGUUUUGGUUGGGUGCCUCGGGGAGCGAAUCAAUGUCGAGCAAGACUUCACCCUACGCAAGUGUCAUUUCGUUGCUCCAGUCCUUGCCACAAGUAUCAACGCCUUCCGCCAAACUGGACAUUCUUGUGCAAUCCAUUCAAGGUAUUGUGCAACAGGUCGAAAUCUACUGUCGUGCAAACAGCCUCAGCGUUUCUGCUCAUGCCGUCGGCGGAGACGAGCUCAUGCCACUGCUCACUCAUGUUGUCGUGCAUGCAAACAUUCGCACUCUGCCAACCGAUUGCUGGAUGAUGGGCGAGUUUAUGGAUGACUCUGCCAUGAUGGGCCAGGAAGGCUUUUGCCUCUCCAAUUUGCAAGUUGUUGUCGACCACAUUCGUUCACUUGGAGAAACCCCCGAAGUGGCAGCGCCGUCAUGCGCGUCAUCCGAUCCGCUCGCCAGCACCCCGUCUUCAACAGCAGGCAUAGUUCCUCCCGCGUCGCCGGCCAGAUUGCCCGUUUCGUCUGUUGGCGAGAUGUUUGACGAUUUGAGCGACGACGAGGGCCUGCCGAAAGUCUAGUAGCGAUGUAUUAAUAUGAAUCAUAGUUAACAAUUUCAAA